AUGAUCUCAUUUGGUUCCUUCAUUUACUCUCAUCCUCUAUAUUUCUCAUACUUAAUUUUCUUAUCUCCUUACCUUCUGAAACUCAUUUCUUUUCUAUCUCCUCUCUUCAUCACAACUUUUCUUCUUUUUCUCUCUCUCCUCACCCUGAUUCCCAGUUUUUACAAAAAAUUUGCUAUUGAUCAAUCUUCUUCUAAAGAUGAUGAUGAACAUGAAGAAUUUCAGUGCAUGGAGGAUCUUGAAGUGUAUAAAAUCGUGUUUGGGGAGUCAGAAUUCGAGGUGAAAGGAAUCCUCUUGGAUGAAAAAUCAGAAGUGAAUUCUAACCACGAAGAUUCCAGCAGUAUCAGCAAAUCUGAGGCUUUGAUAGGUAAUUUAGAAGAAAAUUCAGUUCGUACGGAUUUGGAUGAAAAAGUAGAGGAAAAAAAAAUAGUGCUAGAAGGCAAGAAAGUUGACCCGACAUCUGGCACGAAAGCCGAGGAAUUUGUCGAUAUGGAAACAGAGAUUUCUUUGACGAGAAAUGGAUCCAAGGCAACUGAUAAUGGUGAAGAGCACACUUGGAAAAUCAAAAGUUCCGAGAAAUUUUCAUCUCAAAACCUCGGGAGUUAUGGGUCAAUGAGAAAGGAGAAAGAGUGGAAGAGGACAUUGGCGUGCAAGUUAUUUGAAGAGAGACGCAAUGUAGAUGGAAGUGAAGGGAUGGACUCUUUGUGGGAGACCUAUGAGAUGGAUUCAGACAAAUCAAAGCUCAAAAACGACGCGAAAAAGAAGAUAAAUAUCAAGAGCAAGAACAAGAAAAGUGUAAUUGAUGUCCAAGAAAAUGAAAACGAGGAAGAAAUUGAUGGGAAAUUGUGUUGCUUACAAGCUCUCAAAUUCUCUGCAGGGAAGAUGAAUCUGGGAAUAGGAAGGCCUAAUGUUGUUAGGAAUAUUUCCAAAGCCAUUAAAGGAAUUGGAUGGUUGCACACAGUGAACAGGCAAGUCAAGAAGGUGCAUCAUAAUGGAGAUAGAUACUAA